AUUUACUUUCUUUUAUUUACAGGAGCAAAUCUGGAGGGGGAGGAGAGAGAGGAGUUUAUCAAGGAUUGCCAAACUAAUUCCACCUGCGGAGAAAUAGAUAUCCGAUAUCCCUUUCGCCUGGUCAACUCGACCCCUGCCUACUGCGGCGUUCAGGGCUUGGAGGUCUCAUGCUCCGCUGCCGGUGACGCCAUCAUCACGCUUCCUCAUUUAGGGCCCUGCAAGAUCAUCAAAUUCGACACUUAUUCGGUUAGAAUCAAGGUAGAAGGCAAUGAAUGGGCUCGGUGUCCACUGCAAAAGCUCAGCUCCACCAAUCUCACCGGAUCAAUUUACCAGCUGGAACACUAUUACGGCUACUACCCCUACUACGGCUACUACCCCUACUACGGCUACUACAACUAUAAGCUGGUGGCCUGCUCGAGUGAAAUAACAACAGAUCCGGAUUGGAUUUCGGGACCUAUCAAGUGCCUUAGCGAUGAAAGUGAAGGGCAGUUGGUUUAUGCAGCGGAUGCUUGGGCUUCCAUGGACAGACUCCCGUCAGGAUGCGUGACCACUGGAAUCGGUGGUUGGAUCGGAUAUGCACGCGGACGAAGGUUUGGAGUUCUGGUUCAGGGAUUCAUUCAAACGCUACAGAUGGAUGUAUCUCUUAAUAUUCCGGAAUGGGAGAUAUGCAGAGACUGCCAUGAAGAAGGAAAGCAAUGUGGAUUUAGCCGCAGAAGAAACCAAACUGCCUGCUUAGCGAGGCGCCAUGGAACAACAAACAUUGGGCUCAUAGUUGGAAUAUCUGUAGGUGGUUUUGUAGUUGUAUUAACAUCUCUUAUUAUAUUGUACAUAUUAAAGACGUCUAAAAAGGAUCAAGAAAUUCGUAUCAAGGUAGAACAAUUGCUCGCAACAUAUGGUGAUGCAAAACCAACUCGAUACUCUUUUUCUGAUAUUAAAAAGAUCACAAUGAGAUUCAAGAAUAAGUUGGGGCAAGGUGGAUAUGGAAGUGUGUAUAAAGGGGAGCUACCAAAUGGUAUUCCGGUAGCAGUUAAGAUGCUCGAAAGUUCAAAAGGGGAGGGCCAAGAAUUCACAAAUGAAGUUGCAACCAUUGGAAGGAUUCAUCAUAUUAACAUUACUCGUUUGUUGGGAUUUUGCUCAGAACGAUCAACUCGUGCUCUCGUCUAUGAGUUCAUGCCAAAUGAGUCCUUGGAGAAGUAUAUUUUCUCAAGACAAGACAAAGGAAGCAAAAAAUCAUUGAGCAUGGAGAAAUUGUUGAACAUUGCAAUAGGCAUUGCUCGAGGCAUUGAGUAUUUACAUCAAGGAUGUGAACAACGUAUUUUGCAUUUUGAUAUUAAGCCACAUAAUAUUCUAUUGGAUUAUGAUUUAAAUCCAAAGAUUUCAGACUUUGGACUAGCAAAGCUUUGCUCAAGGGAUGUUAGUAUCGUGACAAUGACAGCAAUGAGAGGCACAAUGGGAUAUAUUGCUCCUGAGAUGUAUUGUAGGAAUUUCGGGACGGUGUCAUAUAAAUCUGAUGUCUAUAGUUUUGGUAUGUUAUUGUUGGAGAUGAUAGGAGGCCGAAAAAAUCUUGAUCCCGAAAUAGGAAGAGAGAGUGAGAUUUAUUAUCCAGAAUGGGUGUAUGAUCGACUAGUUGAAAGACAAGACUUGGUAUUGACAAUGGAGAUUGAACAAAAUGAUGGAGAAAUAUUACAGAAGCUCUCUAAGGUGGCUUUAUGGUGCAUUCAAUGGAGUCCAACUGAAAGACCUACCAUGACUAGAGUUCUUCAUAUGCUUGUAGGGAGCUCAGAAGAAGUGCACAUGCCCCCUAAACCAUUUGUCUCCCAACACUAAUCAUGAUUAUGCUGAUUAAUAAAUAUGUCAAAUCAGUAAGUUCUCUCCUUUUGUGUAUAAGCUCUAAGUGACUUAUAGUACACAUGUAAUUUGAUCAUGUUUAAAUUCAACUGUAAUAAUAUAAUCAUUCAUAUGGUAGUGAAUAUAUUCUAAGUUGAAGUAGAGGAGAGAAUUGGACAGACAACUCUUUAUUUGCCUUUUUCUAUUCUCGUGCAUAAAGCAUGACAUUAAUUAUGA